AUGGAAAGCAGAAAGGACGCAGAGAUACGCGCCGAGGGUGGUCAGACUGAAACAUUGGGCUCUCAUUUCUCUGACAAUGGUGGAGAUUUCGUUCGCCAGCAACAUGACAAGUCGGCUAGCCGAAAUCGCACGAGCCCCGAGUCUUUUCCGUACUCGCGAGAUCAAGUAACCGAGACGAGGGAGAAAGCGUGGACCGGCGGAUUUGGGGAAAUGAGACAGACAAGCGAGUUGUGUGGACCGAAACGAGAGAUCUUAGAUCUCCGUACGAAAGAAUCUAGCAGCUCCGACGCAGAAUCAGACUUCUAUGAAGAGAUUAAUGUCAGUUGCACACCUGAAAGUAUGGACUACAAUAACAGUCAAGGACAUGAAAAGACGUCUCUGAGCCCCAGUACCGAAAGUACAGUCGAUGGUGGGAAGACGGGUUUAAGCCCCGCUGCACUGUCUUAUGGGGCAGAUCAAAUGCGACGAUACCGGACAGCUUUCACCAGGGAGCAAAUAGCUCGACUGGAAAAGGAGUUUUUUAGGGAAAACUACGUUUCUCGUCCUCGCAGAUGCGAACUGGCGGCCGCCUUAAAUCUGCCUGAAACGACGAUUAAGGUGUGGUUUCAAAACCGGAGAAUGAAGGACAAGCGGCAACGGUUGGCGAUGACGUGGCCUCAUCCGGCCGAUUCGGCCUUUUAUACCUACAUGAUGAGCCACGCGGCUGCUGCGGGUAAUCUACCGUACCCGUUUCCUUCUCAUCUUCCCAUGCCCUACUACUCACAUCUGAGCGGCAUGGCUGCAGCAUCAGCAUCCGCAGCUGGGGCGCCUUCUUUUACUAACCCGUUGCGCUCCCUGGACACCUUCCGUCUCCUUUCUCACCCAUACCCACGCCCCGAGUUGCUUUGCGCUUUUAGACACCCAUCGCUAUACGCAAGCACAGGUCACGUCCUUGGUCCUGGCGGGAGCGCGUGCACGUGCAUUGCGUGUCAAUCAAACGGGAUUGCGCAAAGGUCAACGACCAACUCAGACUUUUCGUGUUCGCCCAGCAGCAUGCCUGAUACUUUCCUCACGUUCUCACCGGCCAUCAUCAGCAAGUCGUCCUCCGUUUCUGUGGAUCAGAGGGAGGAGGUACAGCUGACCAGAUAA